GUGGUGGUUCAGUCUCGGACGAAUGAGAAAUAUGAUCUAGAGUGUACGCUACCUUCUAGCAGUCCUGACUGGUUCAAUCUUCGAAUUGAUGAACUCGGUGAAGUCUCGGCUCAAGUGAAACGCAGUAUUAGCAGUUUUCCGCCGGUGGCAAAAUGUAUGUCAAUUGAUUUUAUGCUGUAUACUUGCGAUGGCGAAAUAUUGCCCAUGGAAACCUGGGCAUUUUCAAUUGAUGAAGAAGAACAACGGACAAUAUGGGCAGAUGAUAUCAAAUCUCAAUUAUAUCUGCAGCUUAGUGUGAUGCUUCGGAGUGCAAUGGUGGCAGCAAGAAUGACUCCACUGCAUAGGUACUAUGUGAAGAAGCAGAGUUGUGAUACAUUUGUUAUUUUGUACAAACUGGCUGAAGGUUUCACGGAGUUAGACCUCGGCAGUGAAGCGAAAAGGCUAGAACUCGGACGAUUUCCAACUCCAGUAGGAGCAUUUCGCCUAGAACUCGCUUAUCGUACACAAAUGACGAAGGAACGAGCAACUUCUCCUGGCGAGGGGCAGGAGUCACCAAACCAGGUUUGCUUAACAACUUUGUUGAUUACCCGCGCUUUGGGGUUACCAGUGCUACUGUAG